CUGCAAACAGUGCCAUCACUAGCAGUGCAGUCAACAAAAUUAAAUUUGUUUUUUUAUUUGGCCAAACUUUCAAUACGAUGUACACAUUGAUGCACGGCUUCUACAAGUACAUGACUCAGAAGGACGACUACUGCGUGGUGAUCCUGGGCCUGGAUAAUGCUGGCAAAACGACUUACCUGGAGGCCGCCAAAACCACGUUCACGCGGAACUACAAGGGCCUGAAUCCCAGCAAGAUCACGACGACAGUGGGCCUCAACAUCGGCACCAUCGACGUGCAGGGCGUGCGCCUCAAUUUCUGGGAUCUCGGUGGCCAGCAGGAGUUGCAAUCGCUGUGGGACAAGUACUACCAGGAGUCCCACGGCGUCAUCUACGUGAUCGACUCCAACGAUCGCGAGCGCAUGGACGAGUCCAAGGCGAUCUUCGACAAGAUGAUCAAGAACGAGCUGCUGUCCGGCGUGCCUCUGCUCAUCCUGGCCAACAAGCAGGAUCUGCCGGAUGUGAUGGGAGUGCGGGAGAUCAAGCCGGUGUUCCAGCAGGCUGGCGCCUUGAUAGGGCGUCGAGAUUGCCUCACCAUUCCAGUGUCUGCCCUGCACGGCGAGGGCGUCGACGAGGGCAUCAAGUGGCUGGUGGAGGCCAUCAAACGACAUGCGGUGGUCAGGCCGCCGCGGGAAAACGAUUAAGAGAUCUAGAAGGACACGGGCCCAUCAGCCCGCCACUGGCUUUAAUUAGACUUGUAUUUUCGUAACUUAAGGGCUUAGGACUAUGCUUAUUUGUAAUUAGCCGGGGAAGAUUGUGAGAUACCAAUUGUACAUUGUUGUAAAUGCGGGAGGUGGCCCGCUUUAUCAAACAACAGCCUUGCAACGGCCUUAACUAGAGCUGUUUUCCGUAGACUCGUAUCUUUCUGUUAAGCACAAAACAGCUUUUAAAUGCUAUUCGUGUCUUGACAGAUAGAUUUCAGCAAAUGACAGCGAAUUACAAAUAAAAUUGUUACAAUGACGGAAAACGAACCGUUCAUUAAAGUAUAUGUAAAGGCAAGCACUUGCUAACUCAAAAUAAACUUAAAAAUUUGUAAAUAGAUAGUAAUUUGUAUAUUUAAUCCCUUCCAGAAAUAAAAUACCUACAUAUA